AUGGGCAAAGUUUUAGCGGUAUCGAAAAUCAUCAACUGGGACGAAUGCACAAUGGCGCAUAAACGUGCAUUAGAAGCACUUAACCGAACAUUAAAAGAUUUACGCAAUGACUCGAGAUGUUUUGGAGGAGCAAUGAUUUUACUGUCUGGCGAUUUCCGCCAAAUACUGCCAGUAAUUCCAAGAUCUACGGCUGCCGACGAAAUAAACGCUUGCCUCAAAUCGUCAAAUCUAUGGCGCUAUGUGAAGAAACUGCAACUGACAACAAACAUGAGAAUUACAUUGCUUAAUGAUACAUCUACUAAAUUAUUUUUAACAUCCAAACAUAAUGAAUGGUUGAGUGAGCGAGCAAUUUUAGCGGCUAAGAAUAAAGAUGUAGAUGACCUAAACUACAUAAUUCAAAAUAAGAUCAUUGGAAUAAUGCAUUCAUUCAAAUCUAUUGACUGCGUCACAAAUGAAGAUGAAGCCACCAACUAUCCAAUUGAAUUGUUAAACUCUUUGGACGUGCCUGGCUUACCACCGCACAAUUUACGCCUGAAGGUUGGCUCCGUAGCAGGGCCGUAG